AGCCUUGCUGCGCGCAGUCGGGAAUGUUAUGUUGGAGCAGCUGGGUUUGUUAGUUUCAUCUAAAUGUGAGGGCGUUAACGCGCAGCCACGUGACAGUUAAAGGACUGCUGCUUGUCAUCGUUUUUUUUAAUUGAGUUCUUAGACUUGAUCUUGCCUGGCUAAGUGAAGACUAGGCUUUUAAGAACCCUGAUCAUGAAUGAGGAGUGGACACCUUUGGACUGCCUGCUGCCUUCAGGCAAACAAAGGAUUUGUCUGAUCAUUCUGAACCAGCCGCUUGAUAAGAACCACCUACACGUCCUCUGGAGUAAAGCUCUCUUGAGGGCAUGUGCGGACGGAGCUGCCAAUCAACUCUACAACAUCACCGCUGGAGAUCGUGACAAGUUUCUUCCCGACUACAUCAGUGGGGAUUUUGAUUCCAUUACAGCAGAGGUUAAAGCUUUCUAUGCAGACAAGGGGUGCAGGCUGAUGGAAACAGCUGACCAGGAUCUAACAGACUACACCAAAUGCCUUGCAAUAAUGCUGGAAGAGAUACGGACGCAAAAGUUGCAGGUGGACACCAUAGUGACACUGGGUGGUCUAGCAGGGAGACUUGACCAGACCAUGGCAUCGGUUGAGACCCUCUUCCAUGCUCUGUCCAUGACACAGCUGCCUGUUCUGAUCAUACAGGAAGCAAGCUUGGCAUACUUACUCAAACCCGGCAACCACAGACUGAGGGUGAACACAGGCCUGGAGGGAGAGUGGUGCAGCCUCAUUCCUGUAGGUGGACCCUGCCAAACAAUCACCACAGGGCUCAAAUGGAACCUGAAUGACCAGGUCCUGCAGUUCGGGAAGCUCGUGAGCACGUCAAACACCUACGAACCCACAGCGCCAGGAAAGCCCAGGAAGCCGGUGACUGUGACCACAGACCAGCCUCUGCUUUGGAGCAUGGGAAUUCUUAUCGAUGGAAAAUAAGACAUUACAGACUGUUCUGUAGAAAAGUGACCACUGUUUCCGCUUUAAAACAAAACAAAAAAAGCCUGUAAGUUGGCUAAGUACUGUUUGUGUUUUAAAGGAAUGCUGAUUUUAUGGAGUGGAUUUACUAAGAAUGUUAAAACUCAAAUGGUUAAAAUCCAUUUGCCUAGUUUGGUUGUAAACCAUUUCCAUAAGAGCACAAUGAACUAGAGCCCACAACGUGCCUUGAACAUUAUCUCCUUUUCAAGGAGUAAAAUAUUUAACAGUAAAUAAAUAAUGCCUAUUUUGCCUUUCAAUAACUGUACUAUUAAACUUCUUAAUGCCAAAAACAACAUUCACAAUAAAGUGACAACGCAAAUCAUGUGUGUUUUCAAUUGUUUUAUUUACACAACAAAAUACAAAUGUUGAGCACAGAAUGUAAAAAUGUUGUCCAUUUAGUUCGGCACCACACCAGUCCAAUAACGAGGUCUGUCCAGAUAUCGACGAGAUUUCCUUUGAUCCAGAUUUAACCA